AUGCUGCUAGCCACUGCCCCUUACGGGCCUGUGCAAAUUUUACCAGGACAACGCCUAGCCCAAGCACUGCCCCUACCUUUAGAUACAACCCUCCCGGCUCUCCCCGAGACACGUGGUGCUUCCACUCCUGGCUCCUCCGAGGUCUAUUGGAUUAAAGCUAUCAGCAAAGUAAGACCACCUCUAACCAUUACUAUAGAAGGAAGACCCUUUACUGGGCUCCUAGAUUCCGGGGCGGACACUACCUGUAUUAGCCCCCAGUUCUGGCCUUCUAACUGGCCCGCCCUCCCCACCCUUGACAGUGUCUCCGGGGUUGCUGGUACUGUCAAGCAGGUUCUUUUAAGCUCUCGCCCCUUAAACUGGGUCGAUGAUGAGGGAAACAAGGGCACUAUCACACCUUAUAUUAUUCCUGAGCUCCCUAUAAAUUUGUGGGGGCGAGAUCUCAUGGAACAAAUGGGUCUUUAUCUGAUUAAGUGCAAGGACCCCCAUGUACUACAACAAAUGCUAGCCCAAGGGUAUGAGUUGCACAAAGGGCUUGGAAAGAAUUUGCAAGGUAUGCUUAAUCCAAUUGAGGCCACACCUAAGUUAGAUCGGCAUGGCCUAGGCUACAAAACUCCUCAGCAGCCUUUUUGA